CAAAAUGAAAUACAGUUCAUUUUUAAUUAAAUUUCGACUUCUUCUGCGACCCGAGGCCGGCGCCGACGCCGAAAGGGGCCGGCAGGCGGAGUAGACAAAUCCGACUCCACCAGCUGAUCUAUCGAGGCUUUGCCUUGAAAUCUCGAUACUGCCGGUGGAACGCCGCUCGAGAUUCUCGCCUCCCUCCUACCUUGUUUGAUUUUAAUUUGUUUCAGGGGUUGAGAUACUCGAAUCGGGGGCGUCGUCCAUGGAGGGCGCGCCUUCAGACCCUUCGCACGAGCUGAUAGCCGCCGACAGGCGGAUGGACCAAUGCUACCGCCUCUUCAAUCGCCAGCGGUCUCUCCACCAGAUCAUCGGUGGUGGGAGGGCUGCGGAUGUCCUUCUGUGGAGACGUAGAUGGAUUUCAAUUGCUGUUGUGUUAGCUGCUACCAUUGCCUGGUUGUUAUUUGAGCGAUCUGGAUUAUCAUUCCUUACCAUCUGUUCCGAUGUGCUACUUAUUUUGAUUGUGAUUCAGUUUGUGUGGGCUAAAAGUGCUGUUCUUCUAGAUAAGCCGCUCCAACCGUUGCCGGAAUUAGUUUUAACAGAGGAAAUGGUGAACAAUGCUGCUGUUUCUUUUCGUGUAAAAUUUAACAAUUUGCUGAUGAUGGCCCAUGAUAUCACUCUUGGCAAGGAUUUCAGGAUCUUUUUUCAGGUGGUUGGAAUGCUUUGGGUAUUGUCCAUUGUAGGAAGUUUCUUUUCCUUCUUCACUCUUGCAUAUAUAGGGAUCAUAUUGUCAUUCACCAUACCCGUACUGUACAACAAAUACGAAGUUCAUGUUGAUAAAUGUGCUGGGUUUGUCCACCGGAAAUUCUCCAAGCACUACAAGAUAGUGGAUGAGAACGUAAUCAGCAAACUGCCAAGACGUUUUUCCAAGAACAAAGAUGCAUGAUUUGAUAAAUUCAACAACUUGCCUAGUUGCUCCUUUUGAAUUGGUCUGCUCUUGAGAAAUUUGUGGUUACUGCACUGAGCAAUUUAUCUUGUAAAAUCUAGUUCCUGUAAAUUUAGUACUUGUGCUCUUUGACAGUGCACACCAUCACUUGCUAAAUCGUUUCUGAAAGGGUAGGACCUGUAUACUCAGUAAGUCGGACCACGUUAUGUUGUCAAAGUGAGUACUAAUUGAAGUGUACAUCAAGCUGUGAAUGAGAUGAUUGCGAGCCAGACAUGCUUGAAGACCUUGAUAUAUUGAGCGGACUAGUUCCAGUAUAAAGCAGUCCUAUUAGAUCAAGGAUUGUUUUUGAAUUUUUUUAAUAAUUUUUUAAGGAAAAA